AUGGCUCCCAUUACCAAGACCCUCGCCCUCGCUGGCGCCCUCUUUGCUGUCUCCGGCGUCGCCGCCCCCGUCAAGCGCGCUGUCGUUUGGGAGACCGUCACCGACAUUGUCUGGACCACCGUCGAUGUCACCACCACUCUCUACCCCAACCAACCCCAGGCCACCUCCACUUUCGUCCCUGUGACCACUCCUAUCGCCGAGGUUCAUGCCCCUACUACUACUACUACUACCACUAUGACCACCAAGCCUGAGGAAACGCUGCUCCCUAAGCCGGAGACUACUACCACCGAGGCUCCCGCUGCUCCCGCUCCUACCACUACUCAGCAGCCAGAAAUUACUACCCCAGCUCCUGCUCCUGUUACUGUUGAGCCGACCACCACUGCCGAAGCCCCUGCUAGCACCGCCCCUGCCCCUGCUCCCGCCAGCAACAAUGCGGCUUCUUCCAGUGGUGGUGGCGGCAGUGGAUACAGCGGUGUCUGCUCUGAGGAGUCUCCUUGCACUGGUGAUAUCACCUUCUACCAGGUUGCUACCUCGAUGACCAACCCCAGCUUUUGUGGCGGGUACGACACCGAUGAGAGCCCUGUCCUUGCCCUCCCAGUUGGCAUCAUGACCAAAGCUUACUGCGGUAAGACCGUGACUAUUAAGCGCCCCGGCAGAGAAGCCCAAACCGGUCGUGUUGUCGACAAGUGCAUGGGAUGUGACGAUACUUCCAUUGAUCUGUCCCCUGGUCUGUUCCAAUCGCUUGCCAACGAGGCUGAAGGUCGUGUUUCUGGUGUCACGUGGUACAUCAACUAA